UCACAACUCUACUCUAUCAUUUCCUCCAUCUAUUUCGCUGAUCAUUCCUUCAGUUCUCUCCGGAAAACCUAAAAUUCUCAAUGGAAGUCACCGGCAAAGAUCAAUCCUCUGUUUCUGCGAAUUCAAAGAGAUCAACAUCAUCAUCAUCAUCGAAGCUUCUUCGAUAUCCACUGCGAUCGGCCGGUAAAGCCAACGAGGAGAAACCACCUUUGACUGAUUCUUCCAACUCUUCGGCUCCUAGAAGGGGAAAACCUGCAUCAAGUGUUACUGUUAGUAAGAGUGUUAGUGUCCUUGAUCUCUCUGGCAAGGAAAAAUCUGCUGCUAAACCUCCAAGAAGGCUGUCUAUUCAGUCUAAGCCAAGUGCCAGCCCUGCAUCCUCAAGAGCAAUAGGCACUAUCACUCCUAUUUCUGAGGCUAGAGCAAAGAGAUCCGGGAUCAACCAGGGGAAAACUAAUACACCGCUUUCAGCAGUUUCAAAGUCAUCAAAUGGAAAGGAAGGAAAUCGUCUAUUCUCCGCACUCUAUUGGCUAUCCCAGAUUAAGCUCUCUGAAUCUGCUGCUAAGCAUUCCAUUUCUCUUGGUUUUUUCAAACUUGCUUUGGAAGCUGGCUGUGAGCCUCUUCAACGUUUGAGGGAUGAGCUGAAAUCCUAUGUGCAGCGUCAUAGCCUUGUAGAUCUCGGGGAGCCAGUGAAACAACUGUUUGAAGGCUACAAUAUUUCGCAAGGUUUUGAGCAGUUGCAAGUAUCUGAGACUUGUUCCCAUGCGCCUGAAGAUGGGACACGUUCAUCUGAUGAUGAAGUGCAUAGCUCUUCAUCUGUUGCUGGCACUGAGAAACUGGAACAGGAAGACUUGAACAAAGAUGCUAUUGAAACUUGCCAAGUGGCAGAACCAACUAAGGAGACUUCAUCAAGGAAAGAUAUUGUAACUAAGACCCGUAGUUCUGCAAAUAAAAGUGCUGCAACUCCGAAAUCUACAACAGAAGUUUCUGGUCAUGCCACUAAAAAGAAAUUUGAAAAACCUAUUAAGCAAGAACCAACUAAGGAUAAGGUGAAAAGACAGGGAAAGAAAUCUGCUAGAGUUGAAGGUCCUGCUAAUGCAUGCACUCCAGAGAGAGUCCUCCCAGAAGACAAAGAGAAUAUGGAUGCUUCACAGUCAGAAGAGAUCAAUACUGCAGAAGUUUAGAAAGAUGUGUGAAAUCAAAGAAUGUUGAAUAUACUUCUAUUAUGGUUGUUUGUUAUGGUGUUCAUAAGCAGGAAGCUUUUCUUUGUAUAGAUCAUAGGAGGGUCGUCAAUUUGGGGUUUGCAUGCGAAAAAGUCAUGUUUGGUUUGUUUGGUUCUAGUUUGACCCUAGACUUUAGGGCAUUAGAUCUCUGUUUAUGUUUUUGAAUUGCAUUUGGUUUUAAAAUAUUAUACUGGAAAUGUUUUUAUUCAUG